GAAAUUACAUAUGCAGUGAACAUAACCUAUAAUCGAUUUAAAAACAUUGAAGAGGAAAGAAAAAGAAUUAAAUUUAAAAUAGAAAAAUGGUAUUUCAAACUACAAAAUUGCUUACAAGAUGCAGAGGUCCUGAUGAAUUUUGGCGAAAAAGGAAAAUUUUUAAACUUGCAGCACAUUUCAGAGGUCGAAUAAGAAAUUGUUAUAGUCUUACAAUUCGAGCAGUUCAUCGUGCUAUGCAAUAUGCAACUGUUGGACGAGAAGUAAAGCGACAAGAUUUGAGACAGCUUUGGGAGACACGUAUAGAUGCGGCAUGUGAACAACACAGUAUUUCCAAAUAUCAUUUAAGAGACAGUCUUUAUAAAUAUGAUGUUCAUCUUAAUCGUAAAUCACUAGCUGAUGUUUCAAUAUGGGAACCUCGUACAUUCAAAGCAUUAGCAAAUAUUGCGGCUUUAAAACACAAUAAGAUCUCAGACACUGAAGUAAAACACAUUUUUCUUACAGAUAAUUCUGAUGAUUAUGUGCGAACUACAAAAAGAAAUCUAUAAAAGAAACUUUAAAUAAUUCAGUAACUUUGUAUUUACAUUAGAUGUAAUUUUUAAAUAAAUUUCAAAUAUACAACAAA